AUGGCCACCGCCGCCGUCGGCCUCAUGGGUCCACUCCUCCAGAACCAGCAACCUCCCCAGGAGGAGCAACGACACGAUCUUCCCCGGCCCUACAGGUGUCCGCUGUGCGAUAAGGCCUUCCAUCGUCUCGAACACCAGACCCGCCACAUCCGCACCCACACGGGAGAGAAGCCGCACGCCUGCACCUUCCCCGGCUGCUCAAAAAGAUUCAGCCGCUCCGACGAGCUCACCCGCCACUCGAGGAUACACAACAACCCCAACUCAAGACGUGGCGCCAGCAAACAUGCCGCCGCCGCCGCUGCCGCCAUGACGGGCGUCCUCGACCACCCCGCUGCUCAGAUGGGCCAUAUGAUGCCUCCGCCGGCGAAGCCCAUCGUCUCCCGUUCGGCUCCCAGCUCCAACAUGGGCUCGCCCAACGUGUCGCCGCCGCACUCGUACUCGCACUUCUCCCCCAACCUCCCCCAGGACCUCUCUGCCUUCCGGAGCGGGGUGAGCAGCAACAGCAGCAGCCCCAACGGUCGGAUGGACGCACUCGUCGAGGUCGCAUCGAGAUCUCAGCCCUACUCACAUGGCUCCUCCCGACAUGUGGCCGGCCAUGGAUACCACCACUACCCAGGUAGCGGUCGGCUCCCCACCAUGGGCCUCCAACAGUACGCGUUGACCUCGCAGCCCAUGUCGAGAUCGCAUUCACAUGAAGACGAUGACCCGUACGCGCACCGCAUGACGAAGAAGUCGAGGCCUGGCUCUCCCUUGUCCACAGCGCCACCUUCCCCAACCUUUUCACAUGACUCAGCAUCUCCCACUCCCGACCAUACCCCGCUUGCCACGCCCGCCCAUUCACCCCGCCUGCGCCCGCAUGGCUACAGCGACCUCCAGCUCCCACACAUCCGACACUUGUCCUUGCAGCAGCCGGCGCCAGCGCUCGCGCCCAUGGAGCCGGCGUCCAAUAAUGCCGAGCCCCAAUACGCUCCUGCGUCGACCCAAUUAUCUGGAAGGCUGUCCGACCUUCUUUCCAAACCGAGCAAUACAAGGAAGUUGCCGGUGCCCAUGCCCAAGGUGGGCAUCCAGGACCUACUCAACCAUCCGCUCCCGGGGCCCCAUUCCGGGAAUUCGUCUACCGCUGGUUCCGUAGCGGGCAACGAUUUGGCGGAGCGUAUGUAG